CAACACAAAAAACCACUUAGACAAAAUUUAUUGGUUCAAUUAGUUAAGUGGAUAAAGAAAAACCGAUUACCGGUUUUUCUAACCAAUUACUGGUUUUUCUAUACCAAUAUUGACGAAUUAUCUAUUUUUCAGCCUAGAUUUAUUAUAAAAAAUACAUUUGUUUACAAAUAUUGAUUUCUUUUGCGAUAGAGGAUUACACACAUUAAAAAUUUCUCACCGGUUAAUACCGGUAUAUCUGUCGUCAUGGCGUGGUCUUGGUGAUGUACCACGUUUGAGCUCCAAAAUGAAAUUGAUUUUGCUGCUUUUAUUUGCCGUGGCAAUCGAUGCGAUCGAGUUCCGGCAAGGCCUCCAAUUUUCAACAUGCGAAAGUGUCAAUGACACCAACGUGGAAUGGAUUGGACUCGAUCAUUUCACCCAGGAAGUAGUUUUGAAUGAAAGAAAGCUGCAGGCUCAUUUCGGAUGGACUGAUUACAACUUGAGCAAUCUGCCCAGGGGCGUGGCUAUUCCCAAUUUCAUCGGGAAAAAGAUCGAAAAUGGGUUUCCACCAAGUGAAGGCUUUGAUAUUGGCAACUGGUCUUCAGAUACUCUGUAUUUUAAAUACAGUGGGAAGGAAGCGGUUUUAUCCAUUGACGAGAACAACAUUCCUCUGCCGAAUGGAGUUUGGACAGAAGUCAUUCUGUCGAGACGUAGUAGGGGACGCGUCCUUGUGCAAAUUGGUUCCAGCAUCAGUGUUGUGAAAAGCUCCCACGAUCAAAAUCGAAUUAAAGUCUCAGGCUUUGUUCGUCUAGUUGAUGGUCUAUCCAGUGUGUGGAGAAAAGAUUUAGCAAACUUGACGCUUAACUUUGAUGAGGGUUCGCAAGAAGCUUGUGUCACACUCUGGGCAUCAGAUAAUGUCGCAGGAAUUUUCAUGCUCAGCGGCAAUAGUCAACAGUACAUUCAGUUUAACACCCUAACUGAUUAUGUAUUGGUUCGAAGCAAUGUCAAUAUUGCACUCUCAGUUCUCGAGUCUGAAAACCUCACCGAGGACGAUUACGUUGUCGCCCUGUUAAGCCCAAUGACAUGUCCAGAAAGUGCAAUUGCCAUUCGAGAUGUCACUGUUGAUGGAUGCAAUCAAGGAUCAUAUAAAACCUGGACAGGAAGUUCAAAAGCAUGCCAUGCCUGUAGCAUCUGCGGUUUGGAGUCUUGUCGAUGCACUACCGAUUUUCACAAAUGCGGCGAGUUGGCUCCUGGCGACAGCACUACAACACAUUCUCCAUCAACUCGUCCAUCAACAACAACUCGCCUAUCAAAAACAACUCGUCCUUCAACACGCCCAUCAACAACAACUCGAGCAACAACUUUGUCGACAACAACAGACAUUCCAAUUAUUACUUGGCCGACCCUUGCACCCGUGCCUCCUGCACCCACACCUCCUGCACCUACCACAUCCAGUGUUUGGCUUUGGUUAUUUUGUGUCAUGAUCAUGCUUGCUUUGUGUGGAUUGGUGCUGCUGCUAGUUUGGAAAGGGCCUUGUUUCAGAAGAAGACCUGUUAGGAAUGUCCCUCCGUUGAAUGCUGCUGGUCCUGCACCCUCAUCAGCCCCUGCUGCUAACCAGCCUAUGAGUUGGCCAUCACCUCCUCGUAUACAUAGGCAAGAACCGGUCGGUCAUUAUGCUAAUGCAGGCGGACCACUUUUUCAAACAGUAGGCCGUGGCGCUAUCAAGAAAAUUCCGAGACACCCUGCUGCAUCUACUUGGUUUCCACCACCUGUGCCACCCCCGUCACUACCUCCGCCACUUCUUCCUGCACUGGCACCCCCAUCACUACCUCCGCCACUUCUUCCUGCACUGCCACCAAUGCCACAUCCCUCUCAAUCUUUUCCCUCGCCCCGUGCAUCUCCCAUGAUCCCUCUGCCUCCUCGUCCACCCUCCAUGCAUGCUCCGAUUCUCACAUCACAACCACCGCACGCAAACAUGCAAGCGCCCCUUGCCAUGCCCCCUGUCAUGCAGCACGCGUCCCUUGCUCCUCAAGCAUCGCACGCGUCCCCUGCUCCUCAACCACCGCACGCGUCCCCUGCUCCUCACGCUGCUCUUCCAACAAAUCCAUUUCGCUCUCACAUUCCUCGUUUAAUUCAAAAGAAGAAAGUUGUUAAAAAAACUGUUCCCACACGUACGAGCAUAAGAAUUGCUCGACGAAAGUGAAUAUAGAAUUUUUGUUGAGAGCGAAAAGACUUUGAAGGUACAAAAGAAAAAUUUUGUAAAAACUCAUUUUCAUAGUAGAGGGAUUUAUAAAUUUCUUACAAAAAUUUGGAGAAGAUUUAAGAAGUUUUGAGAGGGAAUUCAAAAAUUUUUGUGAAAUUGAAUUUAAAAAGAAAAUUUAAUUUUGUGUACAUGGAUUAGAUGAAUUUGUCAAGUGAUUCUUUAAAA